AUGGAUCAUCGUUUGCCAUCAUUUAAAUUAGCCACACUUAAUGGUGGAAAACCUUAUGCAGAUGGUGAUCGAGCUCAAGCAACAGUUGUCGAAAGUUUACAACUUGUUAACAGAUGUAAACAAGAUCCAUCACUUAUUGUUGUUGAUGUUGGUGGUUUUCUAGGUGAUUUUGGAUUAUAUGCAGCAGCAUGUGGUUGUCAAGUAUACAUCUUUGAAGUACAACCAGAAUAUACCGAUCUUAUUCGAACAUCAACCACACUUAAUAACUUCUCAACGUCACGAGUUCAUAUUUUAGAAAAAGCUGUUAAUGAUUUACCUUCGAAUUCUAAGUUAACAUUUUCUCAAAAAGGUGGUGACACAACAGCUUCUGAAGGAAACUUAACUGUAUCAACAAUUCGUUUGGAUGAUGUUAAAUGGCCAUCGAACUCUACAAUUCUCCUGCUAAAAGUUGAUGUUGAAGGUUUUGAACUAAACGUACUCCGUUCAGCAGAGAAGUUAUUUAGUGAGAAUCGAAUUCAUCAUUUAAUCUUUGAAUACACAGCAUGGUGGACUAAUCGAGCAGCACAAAAAGAUCUUAUUCCAUACGUGGAAAAUACACUUAAACCAAAACAACUAUUUGCACUUCAUCGAACAGCUGGUAAUGUCUUUGGUCCACUUAAUCGAGAAGUACUAGACAAAUUUCAUGAGACUCAUGUGUCACGACAUCUUCAAACAGAUAUCUAUGCAAGAUUUGUUGAACUGAGUGAAAACUCUACUUUAAAAGUAGAAUCAUAUGAUUUGAAAAAAUCAUUUGCAUAA